AUGGACGGCUCAGACACUGCCAAAUCGCCUCCCGCAAAGGUCCCCCCCAAGCUGCCUCCCAAGGCCAAAGCGCCAGCAGCAGCAGCAGCAGCAGCACUUGGGGGAUCCCCCGAGGGGGCCCUCCAGGGGGCCCCCCAGGGGGGCCCCCCGGGGGCCCCCCCCAAGGGGCCCCCCAAGAUGCCCCCCAAGCUGGGCCCCCCAGGGGGCCCCCCAGGGGGCCCCCCAGGGGGCCCCCCAGGGGGGCCCCCAGGGGGGCCCCCAGGGGGGCCCCCAGGGGGGCCCCCAGGGGCCCCCCAAGGGGCCCCCCAAGGGGCCCCCUUCCCCCAAAAGUGGGGAGCUGGGGGCCCCCCGGGGUUCGGAAGUGCUGACGGAUUCUGA